AGGAGCUGAGCGGGUGGAGCUAGCUCGAUCUCGCCGCGCGCGCUCAGCUCGUCGACAAGGCAGCGUGCACCCACCAAGAUAGCGGGAUGAUCCAGUGAGCGCGUGGAGGCGGUGUUUGAUUCUAGAUUGUUCUAGAACCGAACGAGCGAGCUUAGCUAGCUAGCUAGCUGCUGCUGCUUCGAUCGAUCGGUCGUUGCCUCAUGCAGGAGUUCCAGUCCAUCCCGGGGCUCGCCGGGCGGCUGUUCGGCGGCGCGGCGGCGGCUGACAUCCGGCGCGCGCAGGCGCAGCAGGGCCCGGCGUCGCGGUGCGGCGGGAUACCGUCGCCGGAGGCGGUGAAGUGCCCGCGGUGCGAGUCGACCAACACCAAGUUCUGCUACUACAACAACUACAACCUCUCGCAGCCGCGCCACUUCUGCAAGAGCUGCCGCCGGUACUGGACCAAGGGCGGCGUCCUCCGCAACGUCCCCGUCGGCGGCGGCUGCCGCAAGACCAAGCGUAGCGGCAGCUCGUCCGCUGCGUCCUCGGCCCCGUCGACGCCGACGGCGGCAACUGACAACGCCAAGAACCAGCGGCGCGCCUCGGCGUCGUCCCCACGAUCCAGUAGCGGCGGUAGCGGCAACACGAGCCCCACGGCCGCCGCGGCGACGACCCCGACGACACCGGCCACGCCGUCGUCGAACACCAUCGCCGUCAUAAACCACGCGACGACGACGACGACGACGACGAACCCCUUCCCGACAGACGUGCCACCUCCGGCGCCGAUUUUCGCCGACCAAGCGGCAGCGCUCGCGUCACUGUUCGCCCCUCCUCCGCCGCCGCCUCUCCCGGUGUUCAGCUUCGCAGCGCAGGCGAAGACCGAGGACGGGAUUGCCUCCGUUCUACUCGCCGGACAGACGACGGCGCCCACUGCCGCCACCGUUGCCGACAUGACGCCGUUCACGUCGCUGGACGCGGGGAUCUUCGAGCUCGGCGACGUGCCGCCGGCGGCGUACUGGAACGCCGGGAGCUGCUGGACGGACGUCCCGGACCCGAAUGUCUACCUACCCUAGCUCGGUGUAGUUACUCAUCACGAUCACCUUGAUUAAGUCUUUGAUUAAGCUGUGGUUAAAACGCUUCUUAAGGACGACCACUAGCUACCACUAGUAUGUCUUUUACUACUACAUUCAUCUACUCUACUGUUCUCCCUGUAAGUUUUUUUCUUCUUUUCCUUGUCUUCUCUAGCUGCACUUCUGCUGCUGCAAAGGUACGUGUAACUGUCCAAGAAAGCUAACAUUUGUGUAUCUACUGCACGCGUGAAAAAAAAAAUCUGAAUUGGAUCGAUCAUUGUUGCAA